AUGACGUACAAUUUAGGUUUAAGAAUGGCUUCUAAUCGUUAUUAUUCAUCAGAUUCAUCUUCAAAUAACAGACCACCAAUGAAUAAUCCCUAUCCUCAAGAAGAAUAUCCCAACCCUUAUGCAGCACCAAUGGUUCAACAACAACGAUUUCGUUUACAUUCACCCUAUAGUGGUCCAUAUCCAACGUCAGGUGCACGAAUGCGUCAUCCAAAUAACUUUAAUCCACGAACACCAACAGACUUUCAAUCACCAUCACCAUAUCGAUUUCCAUACAAAAAAAAUCAAAAUCAAUAUUACCGUCCAAAUACGCCCUAUCAUCAUAAUGACAAUAAUUGUGACAAUACUAACAAUUAUAGAUCAUUUAGUUCACCACAAUCAUCGUCAUUUUCAUCUCCCUAUCAGAAAAAUAAUAAUCGAUCAUCGUAUAAUCUAUUUCGUCCUAGUAUGCUCGAAGAUCCAUGGGCAAAUAUGAAAUCAAUUAAAGUCCCUGCUGGUGGAACAACAUUGCUACUGGAACAACAGACAAUUAAGUUUCUAAUUUCCAUGAAUGAUCCUAUUAUUCGAAAAAAAAUUCGCGAAUAUGAAACAUUUUUAAAUGAUCGAUUGCGUACGGAUUUACAACAUGCAUGGAAUGCUCGAGAUCGUCUAUUUACCGAUAUAGCCGAAUAUGAACGUUUAAAAACAACAAUUAACACAUUUAUUGAAUUAUUAAAUAAAAAUAAAAAAUUAGAUAGCGAUUUGAAUGAACCUGGUGAUGAUACAUUAUUGACACAAAUUGAUCUUGGUUGUUCAUUUUUUGCUCAAGCUGAAUGUACAUUAAAUAAUUAUCUAUUUUUAUCAAUUGGAUUCGGUUUAUAUUGUGAAUUAUCAUACGAUGAAGCAUUACAAUUCAUUGAAACAAAAGUAAAAUAUCUCCGUGAACAAGAAGAAGAUUUGAGUAAAAAAAUUGCACAUAUCAAAGCAAAUAUUAAACUUGUUUUACAAGCAUUAAAAGAAAUUCAAACAAUUGACGAUAAAUCAAAGACCCCAUUAAAAUAA